AUCACUUCAAACUUUGCCAAACACCACCACUGCCACCAGUUUGGCUCGCAUUGCUCCAAAUUCUCUACAUUUUCUCUCUCUCUCUCUCUCUCUCUCUCUCUCUCUCUCCACAAGGGGAGACGGACCGCCAUGGACGCCGCAUCGACGCUCGUCUCCUGCCGAAUCGAUUCCUUCCCUCGCCGUCGCUCACUCUCACACCACCACCAUUCGCCAUCAUGGAGCAGUAAGCUCCGUCCGCUUCGCCUCAACUCCAACCGUGUUUUCGUCGUCUCCGCGGAGGCUAAACAGGCUAUAACCGCUCAAUCAACCACCAUCAACGAUUCGUCGUCCAGGUCUCCUCCACUGAGCAGUGCAGUCAAUGGUUCCUCAUCUAGGUUUACUCCGACUGGCAGCACCGUCAACGGCGGAUCAAAGAGAAUUGGAGAUGUUUCAAAGGAGAUAAAGCGAAUGAGAGCACAAAUGGAAGAAGACGAACAGUUAGCGACUCUGAUGAGAGGCCUUCGUGGACAGAACCUGAAGGACUCGUUGUUUGCUGCGGAUGAUGUUGAGCUACGUCUUGUUGAGGUGGAUGAAAGUAGUGAGUUUUUGCCUUUAGUGUAUGAUCCCCCAAGUAUUUCUGCAUAUUGGGGAAAACGUCCACGUGCUGUUGCUACGCGCAUUGUGCAGUUACUUUCUGUUGCUGGAGGUUUCCUUUCGCGCAUUGCUUCGGAUGUGAUUCAGAAGAAGGUUAAGGAGAACGAAGUUGCUAGAGCAAUUGAAUUGCGUGAAAUUGUUACAUCUUUGGGUCCAGCGUACAUAAAACUUGGGCAAGCGUUGAGCAUUAGACCUGAUAUACUAUCACCUGUAGCAAUGACAGAACUGCAGAAACUUUGUGAUAAAGUUCCUUCAUUUCCAGAUGAUAUAGCUAUGGCUCUAAUUGAGGAGGAGCUUGGUCAACCAUGGCAAAACAUCUAUUCUGAACUAUCAACAUCUCCCAUUGCUGCUGCUUCUCUUGGACAGGUAUAUAAGGGCCGCCUAAAGGAAAACGGGGACUUGGUGGCUGUUAAAGUACAAAGACCUUUUGUUCUUGAGACAGUCACAAUUGAUUUAUUCAUUAUUAGGAAGCUAGGUUUGGCUCUUCGAAAGUUUCCACAGGUCUCAAUAGACGUUGUUGGGUUGGUUGAUGAGUGGGCUGCUCGAUUCUUUGAAGAGCUAGACUAUGUGAAUGAAGGUGAAAAUGGAAAUCGUUUUGCUGAAAUGAUGAGGAAAGACCUACCACAGGUUGUGAUACCAAGAACCUAUAAUAAAUAUACAUCAAGGAGGGUUCUUACUACAGAGUGGAUUGACGGAGAGAAGUUGUCACAAAGCACGGAAAGCGACGUUGGAGAGCUAGUUAAUGUUGGAGUCAUCUGUUAUCUAAAGCAGCUGCUUGAUACUGGAUUUUUUCAUGCUGAUCCACACCCGGGAAAUUUGAUCCGCACUCCAGAUGGAAAGCUCGCUAUACUUGACUUUGGGCUUGUUACAAAAUUGACUGAUGAUCAAAAGUAUGGAAUGAUUGAAGCAAUUUCUCAUCUCAUCCAUCGGGAUUACCCAGCUAUAGUUAAAGACUUUGUUAAACUCGGUUUCAUUCCUGAUGGCGUCAAUUUGGAGCCAAUCUUGCCAGUUUUAGCCAAGGUCUUCGAUCAGGCCUUAGAAGGUGGAGGAGCAAAGAACAUCAAUUUUCAAGAGCUUGCAUCAGAUUUGGCUCAGAUUACCUUUGAUUAUCCAUUUAGGAUACCCCCAUACUUUGCCCUGAUAAUUAGGGCUAUUGGGGUGCUAGAGGGGAUUGCCUUAGUAGGAAAUUCGGAUUUUGCCAUUGUUGAUGAGGCCUAUCCUUAUAUUGCUCAGAGGCUCCUUACGGAUGAAUCCCCUCGGCUAAGGAAUGCUUUACGUUACACUAUAUAUGGUAAAUCUGGAGUUUUUGAUGCUGAAAGAUUUAUUGAUGUCAUGCAAGCCUUUGAGAAUUUUAUUACUGCUGCCAAAAGUGGGGGUGGAGAGAGUCUGAAUGGGGAAAUGGCUGAACUUGGGGUGCUUACUAGUCAAUCACAGUAUCUCUUGCCCGGUUUCCAGUCUGCAAUUCCUCAAUCGCAGCAGCCACUGCAAACAAGGGCUGCUUUGGCCUUUUUGCUGUCUGAUAGGGGAAACUUUUUCCGAGAAUUUCUUCUGGAUGAGAUUGUCAAAGGCAUUGAUGCACUUACAAGAGAACAACUCGUAAGAAUAAUAUCCCCACUCGGAUUUCAGAAUGCGGCCCCGGUUUUCAGUAUGGUACCUACCAUUGGACCCUUUAAGACGACAGCACUUAUACCCACCAUAACCGAAGAGGAUGAAGUCAUACUGAAUAAUGUCCAGAAAGUGGUGGAGUUCUUGACUGCUGGAAGCUCACUAUCAAGGACGUCUGGUCAGGUACUCAAUGUCCCUCAGAUUAUCCAAGACCUGCUCCCUGUGUUGCCCGGCAUCUCGGCUAAAGUGCUUCCUGAAAUUGUUAGCAGAUCAUCUUCUCGGGUAUUAGCACGAGUGAUACGUGAUUCCUUUUUGUAAGAGAACUCUAUCAACCUCACCUUAAGGCCCCACAAUUGUGUAUAUUAUGACAGAAUGUACAAACAACUAUACGUGUCUAUAAGUAACCCAAUAUUUCAUAUAUCUCUUGCUCUUGGUUGCUGAAAGCUAUUUGUAAGACACUCACCAAAUCUUCUAUACUGAAUCAUUUUUAAUAUAUAGAUAGGGGAAGCAUCCCACAUAGUUCUCAUGAUAGAAAUCAUAGAAUGAUAGGCUGCAAGAUUUAUUACUAAGUGUAUCGAGGUACCCACAACUAGAAUCAAAAUUUGAAAGGGUACUAUCUAUCUGUAAUUAUUCGUUUGUAUCUUCUAUUCUGUAUCAUAUUGUACUCCAUCAUUAGUGGAAAGUGUAUUUCAUCUCUA